AUGGCGUCACCAAGGACCGCCUCUCACGCGGAGCCAAUCGGAACUCGCGGAGGGGCUGCUGGGGGCUUCCAGGAGCGCGCAUGUGCGGCUUCGGCCUGGCCGCCGUCGCCUAUAAGCUACGAGGAGGAUUUACGACUUGGCCGGGCGCAGCAAAGGCCAGACUUUGCGCGAACAGGCGCUACGCGCCAACCGGCCGGCACCUGGCGGGCACCAUCGCACGGUGGCGCAGAAGCUCCUCAAUGGCCAGCGCCAGCUGCAGCAGCGGCCGCGCACUCGCCUCACCUGAGCUUGGGCAAAUGUGCAUUGGGAAAGUCGACAUUAAUCAACUCAUUAUUCCUCAUAGAUUUGUAUUCUGUAGAGUAUCCAGAUCCUUCUCACAGAAUUAAAAAGACUGUACAGGUUGAUGCUGCUGGAUGCUGGCAGCCUGUUAUCGAUUACAUUGAUAGUAAAUUUGAGGACUACCUAAAUGCAGAAUCAUGCACGAACAGAUAUCAGAUGCCUGAUAACAGGGUGCAGUGUUGUUUAUCCUUCAUUGCUUCUUCAGGACAUCGACUUACACCAUUGGAUAUUGAGUUUAUGAAGCGUUUGCAUGAAAAAGUGAAUAUCAUCCCACUUAUUGCCAAAGCAGACACACUCACACCAGAGGAAUGCCAACAGUUUAAAAAACAGAUAAUGAAAGAAAUCCAAGAACAUAAAAUUAAAAUAUAUGAAUUUCCAGAAACAGAUGAUGAAGAAGAAAAUAAAAUUGUUAAAAAGAUAAAGUACUGUUUACCUCUUGCUGUGGUGGGUAGUAACACUAUCAUUGAAGUUAAUGGCAAAAGGGUCAGAGGAAGGCAGUAUCCUUGGAGUGUUGCUGAAGUUGAAAAUGGUGAACAUGGUUAUUUUACAAUUCUAAGAAAUACAUUGAUAAGGGACACAAGUGCGAUCCAAUACUGAGACAAGGACUGCUGUGGCUCUCUAGUCGCUUGAGAUGGGAGUGGCAGGACGCUGGAUGGCCGAAGACUGUCAGGGAAUUAGAGGCCUUCAACAUGCAAGAAGCAGAAACCAAUACGGAUCAACAUUCCCUACAGAUAUUCCAUAAGACUGAUUCAUAUUCAUAUUCCUGUAUUUCCUCAGUCACUCCAAUAUUGCCUGGGAACUUCUGGUAACAGCAAACCGAGGCCCCAUAUGAAAAAAACAGGAAAAGGUUUUGUCACAAUGGAAAAUACAUGCAGAGUAAAAGGGUAAGAUAUUUCUGAAGGAAAUCAGAAACGCCCCAAAUCAAGACUUGAUUCUUAUUACUCAUAAGAGAAGACUGAAGCUUUAACAAUUAAUCUGCUUAGAACUGCAACGUAAACUGCACGCAGCUAUUACCUGAUUUUUAUUUCCACUACUUUUCUUCCAUCACAAGCCCUAUGCAGAAAAAAAAGUGCCUCAGCAUCACCCAAAGGAAAUGACACAGCAGGAGAGAGAAAGAGGAAGAGAAGAACCAGCUUUACAAGAUCUCUGGAUCAUGUUUCCAUGCCAACUGACGCCAGGAAGAAGCGGUCCAUGAUAUUCCCCAACUUUGGAAUUUUCUGUCAAGGUGAAUUGUGCUGGCCUCUGCAUUUCUCUCUCAUACACAGAGGUGACUCAUGUUUACUCACUUGAGGUUAUUUGCUGCUUAGGAUUAUCCACCUAUUCUUUCUAAGCAGUCCCAUCAAUCACUAACAUGGAACACGCAUGGGGCAAACAAGUAGUAUUCCUGGCCAUCCAGCCUAUUUCUAGCUGUAAAUGAAGUCAUCAGAAACCAUAGAACUGUGUGGCCCAAGUCUGAUUUCAGAUCAGAAGCUAAAAGGCUUAAGUCCUUUUCUGUUUCCUUUUCUAACUCCCCCUAACCAGGUUGCAGAAGCCCUACAAGCUUUCACUAAAAGAUUACACUGCCAGGGGUUGACUAUUUGAUGUGCUGGUGGUCACUUUUUCCAUUGGAGAUCCGCAAACUCUGAAACUUAAACGAUUUAACUACAAACACACAGCAAAUGAUGAAAAGAUAGCAGUCACCUCAGCUGAAAUUUGGUGGAAGUAAAAAGUACUUCUUUGGGUCCUCUGAGGAAGCUUCUGGUGUGAGAUGCAAACACUCUGAACUCCAGGGGUCAAGCUCUAUUUCAUGCCAGCAAAGGAAAAAAAAAAGUUACUCAACACUCAGAAGGCAGAAAAGCGACCUCUCUCUCUCCAUCUGCAGAAGCCAAGCAAGCGUGUGGGCCUCCGUAUGCAUCCUUUCUUUUACUCACUUUCUAAAUGCUGUAAUGGCUACCAUCUAUCAGGUGGUCACAAACCAUCUCUAAAGUCAAUCUGAGGUCAACCCACUCGACUUGUGAGGGAUCCACCUAUACUGCCUCUGCACCUGUAAUAUGAGUAAGGAGACGACGGUGGCUGCACACGUAGUUAACACCGAUUGUACUGUGACUCCGCCUUUCCGAAGCAGCUCUCAGGCUCUUUAGAGACCUUUAGAGCCAAGCUGGACGUGAGGCAUAAAGGAGCUCUUUGCAAACGCCAGGGGGAAUUUCUUCAGGGUUAACUUAACUUUCAAUUGGCUUCAUUCUAAGAGAAAUAUGUGGAGCAAACGGGAACUUUUUUUUCUCAUCUUUUGCAUUUCAAGCAAAAACUAAUAAAAUUAGAUGUUUCCACCGUCAUGCUCAGUCUCAAAGCUGCCAGCAGAUCCCACUUCUAACUUUUAACACAGGCACUCAGGAAAUCGGGAAAUCCCUGCAGCUCCCUCAGAAGCUACAGUAUCAGCAGUUCCUGAAGUGCAAAGCAAAACCCAACAUCACGUACUCCUCCAAAGAGCUCAGCCUGUCUGUUGAGCGACGGAAAUAGCGGCGAGGUGCUCUGGAAGCCAUGACAGCCUGGCCGAAAUGAACCAGGUCCCCUCCUGGUCGAGCCUACCUCCCUAGGGACAAGAAACGUACCUCUCUUCCCUCAUACCCACAGGAAGCAACGGAGGGAUGUGGCGCUUAGACUCACUCUACCAUCCAGUCCAUAGAAGUCCUGAUAAUCUUCAGGAUGCAACAGAGCGAGACUCCGUCUCAAAAACAAAACAAAACAAAACAACCCUAAGGAAGAGAGAGAAUGUACUGGAGGAUAGGAAGUAUCUAGGAGAACCUUCUUUUUUUUUCUUGUAUUUAAGUUUAAGCCUUCAUUUAUAUAAAAUAAAACGCAUGAAACCUA